AUGACAUGUCAGCCAGUUCGGGAUGUUGAAGAAAAAGAAUCUUCUCCUAACCCGUCAACAUCACUAGACCCGUCAACAAGCGAUUCGCCUCCCGGUCCUAUUGUACCCCUAAUAAAGUUUGACGGAGAAUGUGAAUUUCAUCACAGGAAGCAGACAAAAUCAGAAGACGGCACCUCAUAUCCCCAUUACGGGAACUGUACAAAGUUUACAAUAGAUUUAGAUGACAGAUGUUCCGCAUGUAGUUCAUUUCGGAACGGACCUUGUCUCUUAUCAAAUGAUCAUCAAACCCGAACGAGUUAUAUCUCAUCAGAGGUAGCACUACAAGAACGAGUAUAUGAACGGGUCAAAAUUGCAUGUUUACGAUCUUUAAGUUGUGAAAGAUCAGGUGAUUUGGAAGAAAACGGCGGAACGAAUUCAUCGAAAACGCCAUCAAAAGCGCCAUCAAAAUCGUCGUCAAAAAAGCCAGCGACACCGCGAAAAUGGCGUCCUGAAGUGAUACACGAGGAGCCGAUAAACGGAACACGAAUCCCACCAUCGGCCACAGUACUUCAAGAACCCAAAGAAGAUGGCGCGAAAAAAGCGCUAAUAAAAGUAAUAGAUGCAAAAGCAAGAGGAUUUCAUCGACUCUUCUCUCUUGUUGUUGUAACGAAUGAUCUAACAUUUUUGACGAAUAAUUUUGAAUAUUUCAAAACCACACUAGGAGGGAUAAAGACUGAUUUACAGACAUUGGCACAGGAGGUGUAUUCGAAAGAAAUUCUACUGAUACCAAAACUAACAGACGAAGACAUACACAAGCCAGAAUAUCAGAAUAUGGUUGGAAAAAGUGGGACACCGAAUACAAAGAUGGCUAUCCAAACGGAUCGAAGUUUGACGGCUGUGACAGCAACUGAGGAAAUAUGGGUACGAUUACACAGGUAA